AUGUCAAUCUAUGAGUAUGAAGAGUUUAUUAUAGGAUUCAAACAAGAUGUUCCUCUUGUAUUUUUCGAUGAAAAUAAUGAUCCUAAUCGUAACCAUGGUAAAGCAGUGUUGGGUCCUUGUGAGCCAAGAUUGACACUAAAAGAAGUGUUGAGGGCAUCAGGUGGAGUUAUGGGAGAAAGUCAUUUAGGGAUGACUGAAAAAAUUGUGCUUUUAAAAGGGAGAUUUUGUGCUUUAAAAAGAUUUAGAAAAGUUGUUUUGAAAAAGAAUGAAUUUGGGAGAAGAAUUGAGAAGUUUGCUAGGGUUAGUAGAGAUUGCAAACAACUUGUUCCAAUCACAGCUUAUUUAUAUUCAAAGAGGAUCAAAUUUGUUGUUUGUGAUUACUACCCCAUGGGUAGUCUUGCUGAUUUACUUGCUGGAGCAAGGGAUCUAGGUCAAACGGCACUAGAAUGGAAACAACGUUUAAAAAUAAUUGUAUGCAUUGCUCAUGGCAUUGCAUUCAUCCACUCUCAAAAUCCUCCAAAAGAUCAAAAGGACAUACAACUAAAUGUUCAUGGCAAUGUCAAGGCAUCAAAUGUCAUGAUCAACAUCGAUUUCACCGCCUGUCUUUCUGACUAUGGCUUCGCGCAAUUAGCUGAGAGGACAGAGUUUUCUAAUACUUGGCAAAAGAAUCCGCCCCCUCUUGAUGAUCAAUAUGUAUAUUGUGAAUUGUUAAGCCAAAAAAGUGAUGUGUAUAACUUUGGGAUUAUUUUGUUGGAUAUAUUAGGAAGAAGGCAAGGGAUGAAGAAAGAAGAAAUGGGAAAUGGGGAAUUUGAGUUUUUUGUACAAGGCAAAGAAAGAAAACAAGUUUUAAAUGUAUUGAACAUAGCUUUGAAAUGCAUAAAUAGUGAUCUAGAGGCUAGGCCUACAAUGAAACAAAUAGUAAUAUACCUAGGAGAUGUAUUGAGGGUGAAAAAUUACACAAAUUAG